AUGGAGGAGUCAGACGUGGAGCGUGAGUGACCUUUAUUCAUCUUCAUGUCCUUAUGCCAUUGCCUCUUGAUAUGGGCUAUCCCUUGCAUAAUUAUUUGUUUUUGGUCAGAGAGGCAUAAUCUACACAAUAUAUUUAUAUUUUAUCUGAGUGUUCCACAACAUUCUGCCCUAGCGAAUGGUGAUUCUGUUAAACUGUUUCUUAAUUGGAAGCGAAACAGUGAGAGACCUACCUGAAUUUGUCCAAUAGAAACUCUCGUUUUGCAACUGUUUGGUGGAAUGUAUAGAACCCAGGUCUCAUUUGUGUCUCACUCCUCCCUGUCUAUCCUGUAUUCUCUCACUCCUCCCCGUCUAUCCUGUAUUCUCUCACUCCUCCCCGUCUAUCCUGUAUUCUCUCACUCCUCCCCGUCUAUCCUGUAUUCUCUCACUCCUCCCCGUCUAUCCUGUAUUCUCUCACUCCUCCAUGUCUACCCUGCUGUGUUCUCUCCCCACCAGAGGUGACCCUGGCCCUGCUGGAUUCAGCCAAUGACAAGGACCCGGUGGUCAGGGAGCAGGUCAGGAAGUCCAUACUGACCCUGGGGAAGCAGCAGCCUAACAAGGUCCUGUCCAUGUGCCAGGACUACCUGGUCAAACACCCCAAGGUCAGACACUACCACCACUACUACUACUGCUUCUGACUGUUGAUUAACUACUGUGUGGAGCUGUGACUGGAACACUAUAGUAGAAAUCCCCCAGACUCAUUAGCAAUUUCUGCAGAACGUGAUGUGUGGCAGUGAAUGUGGCCUAUGUGUGUAGGCUAUCUGUGUCUGUCUGUAUUUGUGAUGAGGUAGGUGGGGCUCAAUGCUGGCCAGGUAAAAGCUGUUCUGCGUUACCUUGCCUGGCUAACAAUAUAAUUAUAUUAUAUUGUUUCCAUUGUACUUGAAAGAACAGCAUAGAUUUCUAGUUCUGUUUUAGAGGUGUCGUCCCUCUUAAAUUCAGCCAUUUAUCUGUCCUGUCACCAUUUUUGAUGUAACUUUCACUCUCAGAACAUUGCAAAUGAGAAGUGAAAGGGUUCUUGGUUAUGAGAAGAAAGCUACUGUACUGUGUGACCAUAGCCCUCUGAUGCAAUGGCAAUUUCAGACAGCACCAAUGCUGCUCUGUGCUGCAGAUUUCCAUCACAAUGCUAGAGAGAAGGUUUCAAGUUUUAUUAGUCGUAUGCAUGGGAUACGCAUGGUAUACAUCGUCAAAGGAAAUGCUUACUUGCAGGUUCCUUCUCGACAAUGCAACAACAAUGAGAAAUAAUAGAAGAUUGCAUUAGGAUGUGAUAUGGUCUAACAUGAAGAAUUAACACACAUCCUGCCAGAAGCUGGAGACCUUAUCACUUCUCUGAAGACUGUGACUCUGCAUGUGCUACUCCAAUGAUAUGAAUACAAAAGAGAUUAUGAAAUAUACUGUAUGGGAGAGACUUUUCAUACAGGUCCACCGUGUUGACAUUAAUGCAUGUUGACUUAAGGCCUGUGUUUGAAGUGAAUUACAAUUUAACCUUAUUUUCCUGCAGCUUGUAGUUGGGCACAGAGUUGUUAUACUGCAGACGAUUGAGCUAAUUGUGAAGACCAAGAUAGAGGACAUCAGUUACCCGAAAAUCAAAAGCAUCAUUUCUUUGGCCUCUGAUGAAAUGACCCGAUCAAAGGUAAGAUUGUUUCUGAUGAUUUAGUUAUUCUGGUCUGAUCUGAAAUAUAGAAAUUCAAUUACCAACUUUGUGCUUUUAGCCUAAUAUUGCACGUAAUCUAGUUAUUCCUCUGACAAAGUACUGGAUUUAUCAAUGGUUAUUCUAACAUAGAGGCCAUUGCAUCAAUCUGAACACUGAACAGUAUCUGUUUGUUCUCAUGUAUACAAUACAAAAAGUAUGGCCUAGGGUUUGAUUCAACAGCUCAGUUUUCAUGUUUUUACAGGAUGUUGUACCUGAUUGGCAACAGGCAGCCAGCAAUAUUCUGGUUGCUGUGGGAAACAAGUACAUCAAUGACAUCAUGGAGGAAAUCCUCAGCAAGUUCCAGCCAGGGGUCCUGCCUCAUUUCUUUGUGGUCCAAACAUUAGCAAGCCUCUCUGAAUCCAAUGGUAGGCAAACACCAUACACAAUGGUGUCAAGCGCACAGUAUAAAGCUGCCUAAAAGGCUGCUAACGGAUCCUUUACAUCCUGUCACCUAGCUUCUGAGAAGCCUUUGUUUGUGAUUUUACAGAUCAAGACUAUUCCCCCUCAGUGUUUUUCAAAUUGUUUCUAGAUAUCUCUUGGCAGUGUAAUAGCGGUAGAGUCUAACCUCUAAUCUUACUUUUGUUGACAGUUUAUGGUAUGGUGCCAUUUCUCAAUGCCAUCUUGGGCACCAUGCUCCCAAUGCUGGGCAUGGCCAAGCAGGACAACAUGAAGUGGGUGUUCUCCUCUGGUAGGAGUAGAUGCACUGUAGCCAACAUACUGUAGCAUUAUUAUACAUGAUUAAACAUACAUUACCAGACCCAGCCUAUAGACCUCUGUCUCUCUGUCUCUCUCUCUCUCUGUCUCUCUCUCUCUCUCUCUCUCUCGCUCUCCGUCUCUGUCACUGUCUCUCUCUGUCAAUUUCAUUCAAUAGACUUUAUUGACAUGGCAAGUUAAAUUACUUACAUUGUCAAAGUAUACAUAUAACAAAAAUGGUGGGACCAACAGCAAUAAUAAUAGAAGUAGUGGAAAUGGGAUUACCAUCUGUCUCUCUGUCUCUCUCUCUCUGUCUCUCUCUGUGUCUCUCGCUCUCGCUCUCUCUCUCGCUGUCUCUCUCUUUCUGUCUCUGUCUCUCUCUUUCCUUCUCCCAGCUCUGUCCCACUUCAGUGAGAGCAUCCUGGAGUACCUAGCCAACCUGGACAAAGCUCCUGACCCGACUGUGAGAAAGGACACGUUCUCCAGCGAGAUCUACGCAGCUUACGACAUCCUCUACUGCAACUGGCUCCAGAGCAGGGAAUCCAAGGUACACCACAUUACAUUAGGAGGAGCACGAAACCAAUUUGUCCUAAUUACAUUUCUGUCUCAACCGUCCCUCUGUUGUAGGGAUAUCAUGAUGAAAGCAACCCCUUUGACUGUGUGCUGGUAUUAUAGGGAAGAGAAGGGAGAGGUCUACAGCCAGAGUCAGGUCAAUGAUUGAUAUCAGAUGAUUUCAGACAUUUAGGAGAGUUUCCUGGACAUAUUUGCCUGGUUAAUUCUCUGCAAGGUUAUGUAGAAAGGUUUUCUUGAGGUUUCUGAGUAGAGGACAUAAACCACAGUAGAAGUCAGUCUAGGCUUGUGGAAAAUAAAUAGUCCCUUAUCUGUAAUCUGGUCAUAAACUCUGCAUUCCUCCAUUUUGGUUUUGAAAUGAUUAACCACAGAGCAACUGCAACAUAACUGCUGCUGUCUUUAUUUUAGAGAAUGCCAAAAGUCAGAUUACUCCCCGUCUCUGCACCCGCAUUAAUAAAAAUAUUUCUGCUUCAGUUAGAUGUGAACUCAGUUGAUUAAAACGUUUUUCCAGUGAUUGGCUGUGUCCCAAAUGGCUUCAUAUUCCCUAUAUCACGUGUCAAACUCAUUCCACGGAGCGCCGAGUUUCUGCAGGAUUUCGCUCCUCCCUUGUACUUGAUUGAUGAAUUUAAGGUCACUCAUUAGGAAAUAACUCUUCACCUGGUUGUCGAGGUCUUGAGAGGAAAAACCAAAAACCCGCAGACUCUAGGCCCUCCAUGGAAUGAGUUUGACACCCCUGUUCCCUAUAGAGUGCACUGCUUUUGGCCAGGGCCCAUAGAACCCUGUUCCCUAUAGAGUGCACUGCUUUUGGCCAGGGCCCAUAGAACCCUGUUCCCUAUAGAGUGCACUGCUUUUGGCCAGGGCCCAUAGAACCCUGUUCCCUAUAGAGUGCACUGCUUUUGGCCAGGGCCCAUAGAACCCUGUUCCCUAUAGAGUGCACUGCUUUUGGCCAGGGCCCAUAGAACCCUGUUCCCUAUAGAGUGCACUGCUUUUGGCCAGGGCCCAUAGAACCCUGUUCCCUAUAGAGUGCACUGCUUUUGGCCAGGGCCCAUAGAACCCUGUUCCCUAUAGAGUGCACUGCUUUUGGCCAGGACCCAUAGAACCCUGUUCCCUAUAGAGUGCACUGCUUUUGGCCAGGGCCCAUAGAACCCUGUUCCCUAUAGAGUGCACUGCUUUUGGCCAGGACCCAUAGAACCCUGUUCCCUAUAGAGUGCACUGCUUUUGGCCAGGGCCCAUAGAACCCUGUUCCCUAUAGAGUGCACUGCUUUUGGCCAGGGCCCAUAGAACCCUGUUCCCUAUAGAGUGCACUGCUUUUGGCCAGGGCCCAUAGAACCCUGUUCCCUAUAGAGUGCACUGCUUUUGGCCAGGACCCAUAGAACCCUGUUCCCUAUAGAGUGCACUGCUUUUGGCCAGGGCCCAUAGAACCCUGUUCCCUAUAGAGUGCACUGCUUUUGGCCAGGGCCCAUAGAACCCUGUUCCCUAUAGAGUGCACUGCUUUUGGCCAGGACCCAUAGAACCCUGUUCCCUAUAGAGUGCACUGCUUUUGGCCAGGGCCCAUAGAACCCUGUUCCCUAUAGAGUGCACUGCUUUUGGCCAGGGCCCACAGGGUUCUGGUGAAAACUGAUGCUGCUAGAUCUGGUCAAAAAUAGUACACUGUAGAGAAUAGACCCAGUCUUAGUGGUGUUUUUCUCUACCUGGCUGGGGCUGUAGCUACGACUAACUGGUGUUUUUCUCUACCUGGCUGGGGCUGUAGCUACGACUAACUGGUGUUUUUCUCUACCUGGCUGUGGCUGUAGCUACGACUAACUGUUGUUUUUCUCUACCUGGCUGGGGCUGUAGCUACGACUAACUGGUGUUUUUCUCUACCUGGCUGUGGCUGUAGCUACGACUAACUGGUGUUUUUCUCUACCUGGCUGGGGCUGUAGCUACGACUAACUGUUGUUUUUCUCUACCUGGCUGGGGCUGUAGCUACGACUAACUGGUGUUUUUCUCUACCUGGCUGGGGCUGUAGCUACGACUAACUGGUGUUUUUCUCUACCUGGCUGUGGCUGUAGCUACGACUAACUGGUGUUUUUCUCUACCUGGCUGGGGCUGUAGCUACGACUAACUGUUGUUUUUCUCUACCUGGCUGGGGCUGUAGCUACGACUAACUGUUGUUUUUCUCUACCUGGCUGGGGCUGUAGCUACGACUAACAGUGGCAGAAGCAGUGGGAUCUAUGAGUCACCUGAUGGCCCAUGAUAAACUGGAGGAGCAGCUUCCCAAACUCAUUCCCACAAUCCUCUCCCUGUACAAGAAGAACACCGAGCAUUACGUCAUCAGUAAGGUAGGUAGGCCUCUAAUGACUGCUGCUGGUGUUCUAUAUAGGGAAUAGAGUGCCAGAUGGGAGGCACUCAGAGAGUUCAGCAGUUUGCCUGGUCCAGAUCUGUGUGUAAUAGUUUAGCUAACUCUUCUGACCUGGCAGUGUCAUGUCAAACAGGUAGGCCCAUACAGGUAGGCCCAUACAGGUAGGCCCAUACAGGUAGGCCCAUACAGGUAUGCUUGUCAUGUCAAACAGGUAGGCCCAUACCGGUAUGCUUGUCAUAUUCUCAUGCCAAGACAUCUAAUUUUCUGGUUUUCUUGGCAUAACAAUGAUAGUUAGCUGUGGCGUUGACUGAAGCACAUACCGAUGCAGAGUACCCUCGUCUGAAGUCGGGCACUAUGGUAUUUAUGUUGAUGUAGUGAUUAAAUCUAGACCAGGGUACUCUGCAGUCUGCCACUAUGGUAUUUAUGUUGAUAUAGUGAUUAACGAUAGACCAGGGUACUCUGCAGUCUGCCACUAUGGUAUUUAUGUUGAUAUAGUGAUUAAAGAUGGACCAGGGUACUCUGCAGUCUGCCACUAUGGUAUUUAUGUUGAUGUAGUGAUUUAUGAUAGACCAGGGUACUCUGCAGUCUGCCACUAUGGUAUUUAUGUUGAUGUAGUGAUUUUAGCUAGACCAGGGUACUCUGCAGUCUGCCACUAUGGUAUUUAUGUUGAUGUAGUGAUUUAAGCUAGACCAGGGUACUCCGCAGUCUGCCACUAUGGUAUUUAUGUUGAUGUAGUGAUUUAAGCUAGACCAGGGUACUCCGCAGUCUGCCACUAUGGUAUUUAUGUUGAUGUAGUGAUUUAAGCUAGACCAGGGUACUCCGCAGUCUGCCACUAUGGUAUUUAUGUUGAUGUAGUGAUUUAAGCUAGACCAGGGUACUCCGCAGUCUGCCACUAUGGUAUUUAUGUUGAUGUAGUGAUUUAAGCUAGACCAGGGUACUCCGCAGUCUGCCACUAUGGUAUUUAUGUUGAUGUAGUGAUUUAAGCUAGACCAGGGUACUCCACAGUCUGCCACUAUGGUAUUUAUGUUGAUUGGGACUUAAAUUACUUAUUUAAUGGAGUCUUACUCUCAAUGUCAUUCAUCAGUCCUGUAGCAGUGUUUUAGUCCGUUUCCCAACACUGUCCGCUCUGCUCACUAAUCAGCUCAUGUUGAUUUCACCUCCCCUGCAGAGCCUGUGUCAAGUUCUGGAUGCUUCUGUGAACAUGGGCAGCAGAGUUCUGGAGACGCAGAUCGACAGCCUGCUCACUACUCUACACCAGCAGGUACGGCAAAGUGACAGUACAGUACACUGACAACAUAUGAACACGACUGCAUUCUUCUAACUUUAUUUUAUAUAUACUUUUUUUAAAUGAUUGAUUAUAGAUUUUUCAUUUAUUUAACCUUUAUUUUGACAGGGAGUCAUCCUGAGACCAAGGUGUCUUUUUCAGAGGAGCCCUGUAUACACAUCAAUACACAUUAUACACAUCACUAUACACAUCAAUACACAAUUAUACUCAUCACUAUACACAUUCUACACAUCACUAUACACAUCAAUACACAUUCUACACAUCACUAUACACAUCAAUACACAUUCCACACAUCACUAUACACAUCAAUACACAUUCCACACAUCACUAUACACAUCACAUACAUGAAAAGCAAAACACAAUCACAGAAAACAAACACAUCCUUCAUGAAAAAGGUCCUCAAUCAGCCUUUAGAAUUGCCCUAGAGGCACCAAUUCAUCCAUUUUUAGAGAGCCUUGGAGAUUAUUCCACAAGUAAGGUACAAACAAAUUAAAAGCAGAUGAUUGUACUGCGAUGUUGAAGGAGCUAGCAAGCAAGCAUUUCACUGCACCUUUUACACAUGCUGUAAACUGUGUAUGUAACUAAUAACAUUUGAUUUGAAAGUACUACCUUGGAACACACAGGCUUCUUACAACACAUUCUGUCACUCCGCCUGGGCUGUUUGCUCAAUGACAAUAGGAUGUUUUUCUGUAUUUAACACAGCUAGUCAUACUAGAGACUGACUAUAAUGGUUCUCAAUGACAGGAUACAUAAUAAAUCACUUCCUGUUGUCAGGAUACAUAAUAAAUCACUUCCUGUUGUCAGGAUACAUAAUAAAUCACUUCCUGUUGUCAGGAUACAUAAUAAAUCACUUCCUGUUGUCAGGAUACAUAAUAAAUCACUUCCUGUUGUCAGGAUGCAUAAUAAAUCACUUCCUGUUGUAGUCACAUUGUUUGUGACUCACCCUAUGCCAAUCCACUGACUUUGAAAUGGCCACGAUGCGUUGGUUUGAUUGCACUUAAGUCAACAUCAGUUAGAUUGAAUCAAGAACAAACAUACUUUUCAAUAUGGAUUGGUUGAUUAGUAUGAAUAAGAGUUCUUGUACCUUCAUGUACAGUAAUUCUCAUUUUGCGCUCCCUCCAGGUUUGCGCACCUGUUGACUACAGCAACCCACCGACGGUGAAAAAUCACAACGAGGUAUUAAGAUGCUUCAGCAUACUAGGUUGGUUUUCUGUUCUUCAAUAAUGCGUGUGUGUGUUUUGUCUCUGGGUUUAUUAGAUUGAGAGGUCAGGGUUGUAGUCAAUGAAGUAAAUGUUGCAGAUAGAAACGCAUUGAACGAUUCCUUAUUCUACAUGACAAUCACAACUGUUCUACCCAAUAUAUUUUAUAUCUGAAGGUUCUAGAACAGGCACCUUGACCUGGUCUUUGUUAGUCCAGUCAGUGGACCAGUGUGUGUUGUUGUAAUCCAGUAGUCAUGUUGCUGCCUGUUGGGGAGGGAGGGAUUAAAGUCCCCCUGCCACACAGACACACUGCUGCUGUAGCAAUAUGCCAAACGUCUGACUUUUACUGCUCUUCCAAGUUAUGGAGUUGGGCUUGAAGACCUUUGGCUGCAACGUGUAGAAGGAUUUAAUGAGGGGCCGGUCAUCACUGUUUGGACUGUGUGCUUGCGUCUAAAUAUUACUCUCUGGGCCUAUAUACAUUUUCAGAUGAUCUGGGUAAUUUCCAUUACAUUGUAUAAUUAAGCAGUAAGGUCCAAGGGGGUGUGGUAUAUGGCCGAUAUACCAUGGCUAAGGGCUGUUGUUACGUACGACGCAACGUGGAUUGCCUGGAUACAGCCCUUAGCCGUGGUAUAUUGGCCAUAUACUACAAACCCCAGAGGUGCCUUAUUGCUAUUAUACACUGGUUACCAAUGUAAUUAGAGCAGUAAAAAUAAAUGUUUUGUCAUACCCGUGGUAUAUGGUCUGAUAUAUUUGUCAGCCAAUCAGCAUUCAGGGCACGAACCACCCAGUUUAUAAUAUAAAACUGAUAAUGGAAUUGUAGAAUACCAGUAUUAAUUGGUGCUGUUACCUACAGUGAGGGAGAAAAGUAUUUGAUCCCCUGCUGAUUUUGUACGUUUGCCCAUUGACAAAGACAUGAUCAGUCUAUAAUUUUAAUGGUAGGUUUAUUUGAACAGUGAGAGACAGAAUAACAACAAAAAAAUCCAGAAAAACGCAUGUCAAAAAUGUUAUAAAUUGAUUUGCAUUUUAAUGAGGGAAAUAAGUAUUUGACCCCUCUGCUAAACAUGACUUAGUACUUGGUGGCAAAACCCUUGUUGGCAAUCACAGAGGUCAGACGUUUCUUGUAGUUGGCCACCAGGUUUGCACACAUCUCAGGAGGGAUUUUGUCCCACUCCUCUUUGCAGAUCUUUUCCAAGUCAUUAAGGUUUCAAGGCUGACGUUUGGCAACUCGAACCUUCAGCUCCCUCCACAGAUUUUCUAUGGGAUUAAGGUCUGGAGACUGGCUAGGCCACUCCAGGACCUUAAUGUGCCUCUUCUUGAGCCACUCCUUUGUUGCCUUGGCCGUGUGUUUUGGGUCAUUGUCAUGCUGGAAUACCCAUCCAUGAGCAAUUUUCAAUGCCCUGGCUGAGGGAAGGAGGUUCUCACCCAAGAUUUGACGGUACAUGGCCCUGUCCAUCGUCCCUUUGAUGCGGUGAAGUUGUCCUGUCCCCUUAGCAGAAAAACACCCCUAAAGCAUAAUGUUUCCACCUCCAUAUUUGAUGGUGUUCUUGGGGUCAUAGGCAGCGUUCCUCCUCCUCCAAACACGGCGAGUUGAGUUGAUGCCAAAGAGCUUGAUUUUGGUCUCAUCUGACCACAACACUUUCACCCAGUUCUCCUCUGAAUCAUUCAGAUGUUCAUUGGCAAACUUCAGACGGGCCUGUAUAUGUGCUUUCUUGAGCAGUGGGACCUUGCGGGCGCUGCAGUAUUUCAGUCCUUCACGGUGUAGUGUGCUACCAAUUGUUUUCUUGGUGACUAUGGUCCCAGCUGCCUUGAGAUCAUUGACAAGAUCCUCCCGUGUAGUUCUGGGCUGAUUCCUCACCGUUCUCAUGAUCAUUGCAACUCCACGAGGUGAGAUCUUGCAUGGAGCUCCAGGCCGAGGGAGAUUGACAGUUAUUUUGUGUUUCUUCCAUUUGCGAAUAAUCGCACCAACUGUUGUCACCUUCUCACCAAGCUGCUUGGCGAUGGUCUUGUAGCCCAUUCCAGCCUUGUGUAGGUCUACAAUCUUGUCCCUGACAUCCUUGGAGAGCUCUUUGGUCUUGGCCAUGGUGGAGAGUUUGGAAUCUGAUUGAUUGAUUGCUUCUGUGGACAGGUGUCUUUUAUACAGGUAACAAACUGAGAUUAGGAGCACUCCCUUUAAGAGUGUGCUCCUAAUCUCAGCUCGUUACCUGUAUAAAAGACACCUGGGAGCCAGAAAUCUUUAUGAUUGAGAGGGGGUCAAAUACUUAUUUCCCUCAUUAAAAUGCUAAUCAAUUUAUAAAAAUGUUAACAUGCGUUUUUCGGGAUUAUUUUGUUAUUAUUCUGUCUCUCACUGUUCAAAUAAACCUACCAUUAAAAUUAUAGACUGAUCAUUUCUUUGUCAGUGGGCAAACGUACAAAAUCAGCAGGGGAUCAAAUACUUUUUUCCCUCACUGUACAUAUAUGGUAUAUAGGCCUAGUACAGUACUAUGUUCAGAGUUCCAGACUGUUUUCCCUCUUCAACCAAUACUAAACUCUGUCUGUGUCUCAAGUGGCACCCUACUCUCUAUAUAGUGCACUACUUUUGACCGGAACCCUAUGAGUCCUGGUGAAAAGUAGUGCACUAUAAAGGGAAUAGGGUGCCGUUGUGAACAAAGUCUUUGUUAUUUUAGAACUUGGAGCUGCUGCAGGGAAACUACAUGAUGGACACCAUGUCCUCCUGUAAUGAGAUAAUUCAUGAUUAGAUUUUAGAUGGUGUGACUUCACUCCGGGGUAAAUGUGUUUACGCACUCGUCUGACUCUGUGCCGUACGCUUCCUUCCUCCGCAGCCAACACCUUCCCAGACCGGCUGAUCAUGUUUGUGCUUCAGAAACUGGAGAACAGUAAUGAGAGGAACCGCAUGGGCUCCCUGGCCGUGCUCCGACACCUCAUCAACUCCUCCAGUAAGACUGCUAGUUAGUCUGGCUCGGGUCUGUCUACACAGGACAGGAGGCACUUACUACAGUGUGUGUGUGUGUGUGUGUGUGUGUGUAUAUACAUACAUACAUACAUACAUACAUACAUACAUACAUACAUACAUACAUACAUACAUACAUACAUACAUACAUACAUACAUACAUACAUACAUACAUACAUACAUCCGCGGAAAAUAUUAAGAGACCACUACAAAAUUAUCAGUUUCUCUGGUUUUACUAUUUAUAGGUAUGUUUUUGGGUAAAAAUAACAUUUUUGUUUUAUUCUAUGAACUACUGACAACAUUUCUCCCAAAUUCCAAAUAGAAAUAUUGUCAUUUAGAGCAUUUAUUUGCAGAAAAUUACAUCUGGUCAAAAUAACAAAAAAUAUGCAGUGUUGUCAGACCUCGAAUAAUGCAAAGAAAAUAAGUUCAUGUUCAUUUUUAAACAACACAAUACUAAUGUUUUAACUUAAGAAGAGUUCAGAAAUCAAUAUUUGGUGGAAUAACCCUAAUUUUCAAUCACAGCUUUCAUGCGUCUUGGCAUGCUCUCCACCAGUCUUUCACAUUGAUGUUGGGUGACUUUAUGCCACUCCUGGCGCAAAAAUUCAAGCAGCUCGGCUUUGUUUGAUGGCUUGUGACCAUCCAUCUUCCUCUUGAUCACAUUCCAGAAGUUUUCAAUGGGGUUCAGGUCUGGAGAUUGGGCUGGCCAUGACAGGGUCUUGAUCUGGUGGUCCUCCAUCCACACCUUGAUUGACCUGGCUGUGUGGCAUGGCGCAUUGUCCUGCUGGAAAAACCAAUCCUCCGAGUUGGGGAACAAUGUCAGAGCAAAAGGAAGCAAGUUUUCAUCCAGGACAACCUUGUACGUGGCUUGAUUCAUGCGUCCUUCACAAAGACAAAUCUGCCCGAUUCCAGCCUUGCUGAAGCACCCCCAGAUCAUCACCGAUCCUCCACCAAAUUUCACAGUGGGUGCGAGACGUUGUGGCUUGUAGGCCUCUCCAGGUCUCCGUCUAACCAUUAGACGACCAGGUGUUGGGCAAAGCUGAAAAUUGGACUCAUCAGAGAAGAUGACCUUACUCCAGUCCUCUACGGUCCAAUCCUUAUGGUCUUUUGCAAACCUCAGCCUGGCUCUUCUUUGCUUCUCAUUGAUGAAGGGAUUUUUUCUAGCUUUGCACGACUUCAGCCCUGCUCCUAGGAGCCUGUUUCGAACCGUCCUCGCCGUACACUUCACCCCAGCUGCCGUUUGCCAUUCUUUUUGUAGGUCACUUGAUGUCAUCCUACAGUUGUUGAGUGACAUUCAAAUGAGUUGGCGGUCAUCCCGGUCAGUAGAGUCGUUUUCGCCCUCUGCCGGUCUGUAGCUUUGUUGUCCCCAAUGUCUGCUGCUUGACCUUGUUCUUAUGAACCACUGUCUUUGAAAUUUUAAGGAUGGAAGCAACCUGACACUCACUGUAUCCCUCUGCCAGUAAAGCCAGAAUUGAACCCUUCUUUUCCUCACUCAACUUUCCUUUCAACUCUUUUGGCAUGGUCAAUAGUUAUUUUUUGAUUAAUAUUACUUUUGAGGUACUAUUAGCACUGUUUUUGCCAUCCAGCUGGUCCUAUUGCAAGAUUAUAGUGAUGACCACAGCAGUGGUUUUUAUACUUUUCCUCGUUAAAUAAGAUUUGGUUCAUGUGAUCACCUAAUCAGUACCUAAUUCAGUAGAAUGAUGUGUGCCUGUGUUGGAAUUCAACAGACGCUGGAAUGGAAUGGCUGUCAUACAUGUAGAGAUGCUGAUUUAAGAAACAUUUGCAGUGGUCUCUUAAUUUUUUCCACAACUGUGUGUGUGUGUGUGUGUGUGUGUGUGUGUGUAUACACAGUGGGGAGAACAAGUAUUUGAUACACUGCCGAUUUUGCAGGUUUUCCUACUUACAAAGCAUGUAGAGGUCUGUAAUUUUUCAUCAUAGGUACACUUCAACUGUGAGAGACGGAAUCUAAAACAAAAAUCCAGAAAAUCACAUUUUAUGAUUUUUAAGUAAUUCAUUUGCAUUUUAUUGCAUGACAUAAGUAUUUGAUCACCUACCAACCAGUAAGAAUUCCAGCUCUGACAGACCUGUUAUUUUUUCUUUAAGAAGCCCUCCUGUUCUCCACUCAUUACCUGUAUUAACUGCACCUGUUUGAACUCGUUACCUGUAUAAAAGACACCUGUCCACACACUCAAUAAAACAGACUCCAACCUCUCCACAAUGGCCAAGACCAGAGAGCUGUGUAAGGACAUCAGGGAUACAAUUGUAGACCUGCACAAGGCUGGGAUGGGCUACAGGACAAUAGGCAAGCAGCUUGGUGAGAAGGCAACAACUGUUGGCACAAUUAUUAGAAAAUGGAAGAAGUUCAAGAUGACGGUCAAUCACCCUCGGUCUGGGGCUCCAUGCAAGAUCUCACCUCGUGGGGCAUCAAUGAUCAUGAGGAAGGUGAGGGAUCAGCCCAGAACUACACGGCAGGACCUGGUCAAUGACCUGAAGAGAGCUUGGACCACAGUCUCAAAGAAAACCAUUAGUAACACACUACGCCGUCAUGGAUUAAAAUCCUGCAGCGCACGCAAGGUCCCCCUACUCAAGCCAGCGCAUGUCCAGGCCCGUCUGAAGUUUGCCAAUGACCAUCUGCAUGAUCCAGAGGAGGAAUGGGAGAAGGUCAUGUGGUCUGAUGAGACAAAAAUAUAGCUUUUUGGUCUAAACUCCACUCGCCGUGUUUGGAGGAAGAAGAAGGAUGAGUACAACCCCAAGAACACCAUCCCAACCGUGAAGCAUGGCGGUGGAAACAUCAUUCUUUGGGGAUGCUUUUCUGCAAAGGGGACAGGAUGACUGCACCGUAUUGAGGGGAGGAUGGAUGGGGCCAUGUAUCGUGAGAUCUUUGCCAACAACCUCCUUCCCUCAGUAAGAGCAUUGAAGAUCCUCUGUGGUCCUCUGUAGCUCAGCUGGUAGAGCACGGUGCUUGUAACGCUAAGGUAGUGGGUUCGAUCCCCGGGACCACCCAUACACAAAAAAAUAAAAUAAAUGUAUGCACGCAUGACUGUAAGUCGCUUUGGAUAAAAGCGUCUGCUGAAAUGGCAUAUUAUUAUGUUAUUAUAAGAUGGGUCGUGGCUGGGUCUUCCAGCAUGACACGACCCGAAACACACAGCCAGGGCAACUAAGGAGUGGCUCCGUAAGAAGCAUCUCAAGGUCCUGGAGUGGCCUAGCCAGUCUCCAGACCUGAACCCAAUAGAAAAUCUUUGGAGGGAGCUGAAAGUCCGUAUUGCCCAGCGACAGCCCCGAAACCUGAAGGAUCUGGAGAAGGUCUGUAUGGAGGAGUGGGCCAAAAUCCCUGCUGCAGUGUGUGCAAACCUGGUCAAGACCUACAGGAAACGUAUGAUCUCUGUAAUUGCAAACAAAGGUUUCUGUACCAAAUAUUAAGUUCUGCUUUUCUGAUGUAUCAAAUACUUAUGUCAUGCAAUAAAAUGCAAAUUAAGUACUUAAUCAUACAAUGUGAUUUUCUGGAUUUUUGUUUUAGAUUCCGUCUCUCACAGUUGAAGUGUACCUAUGAUAAAAAUUACAGACCUCUACAUGCUUUGUAAGUAGGAAAACCUGCAAAAUCGGCAGUGUAUCAAAUACUUGUUCUCCCCACUGUAUAUAUAUACUACUAACUUACUACAGUUUGUGUAUAUAUACAGUGCAUUCGGAAAGUAUUCAGACCCCUUGACUUUUUCCACAUUUUGUUACGUUACAGCCUUAUUCUAAAAUAGAUUAAAUUGUUUAUUUCCCUCAUCAAUCUACACACAAUACCCCAUAAUCUACACACAAUACCCCAGGUUUUUAGACAUUUUUGGAAAUGUAUAUAAAAAAAUAAUAAUGGAAAUAUCACAUUUACAUAAGUAUUCAGACCCUUUACUCAGUACUUUGUUGAAGAACCUUUGGCAGCGAUUACACCCUCAAAUCUUCUUGAGUAUUAUUAUUAUUUUUUAACUUUUUUUUUAGUCAUUUAGCAGACGCUCUUAUCCAGAGCGACUUACAGGAGCAAUUAGGGUUAAGUGCCUUGCUCAAGGGCACAUCGACAGAUUUUUCACCUAGUCGGCUCGGGGAUUAGAACCAGCAACCUUUCGGUUACUGGCACAACGCUCUUAACCACUAAGCUACCUGCCACCCGUAUGACACUACAAGCUUGGCACACCUGUAUUUGGGGAGUUUCUUCCAUUCUUCUCUGCAGAUCCUCUCAAGCUCUGGCAGGUUGGAUGGGGAGCGUCGCUGCACAGCUAUUUUCAGUUCUCUCCAGAGAUGUUCGAUCGGGUUCAAGUCUGGGCUUUGGCUGGGCUACUCAAGGAGAUUCAGAGACUUGUCCCAAAGCCUCUCCUGCGUUGUCUUGGCUGCGUGCGUAGGGUCGUUGACCUGUUGGAAGGUGAACCUUCACCCCAGUCUGAGGUCCUGAGCGCUCUGGAGCAGGUUUUCAUCAAGGAUCUCCCUGUACUUUGCUCCGUUCAUAUUUCCCUCGAUCCUGACUAGUCUCUCAGUCCCUGCCGCUGAAAAAUCCCCACAGCAUGAUGCUGCCACCACCAUGCUUCACCGUAGGGAUGGUGCUAGGUUUCCUCCAGACGUGACGCUUGGCAUUCAGGCCAAAGAGUUCAAUCUUGGUUUCAUCAGUCUGAGAGUCUUUAGGUGCAUUUUGGCAAACUACAAGCGGGCUGUCAUGUGACUUUUACUGAGGAGUGGCUUCCAUCUGGCCAACCUACCAUAAAGGCCUGAUUGGUGGAGUGCUGCAGAGAUGGUUGUGCUUCUGGAAGUUUCUCCCAUCUCCACAGAGGAAAUCUGGAGCUCUGUCAGAGUGACCGUCGGGUUCUUGGUCACCUCCCUGACCAAGGCCCUUCUCCCCCAAUUGCUCAGUUUGGCUGGGCGGCCAGCUCUAGGAAGAGUCUUGGUGGUUGAUGGAGGCCACUGUGUUCUUGGACCUUCAAUGCUGCAGAAAUGUUUGGUACCCUUCCCUGGAUCAGUGCCUCGACACAAUGCUGUCUCUGAGCUCUACGGACAAUUCCUUCGACCUCAUGGACCUUAUAUAGACAGGUGUGUGUGUGUGUACCUUUCCAAAUCAUAUCCAAUCAAUUGAAUUUGCCACAGGUGGAUCAAGUUAUAGAAACAUCUCAAGGAUGAUCAAUGGAAACAGGAUGCGCCUGAGCUCAACUUCGAGUCUCAUAUCAAAGGGUCUGAAUACUUAUAUGAAUAAGGUAUUUCAGUUUUUUAUUUUUAAUACAUUUGCAAAUUCUAAACCUGUUUUCACUUUGUCAUUAUGGGUUAUUGUGUAUAGACUGAAUAAUUUAUUUUAUCCAUUUUAGAAUAAAGCUGUAAUGUAACAAAACGUGGAAAAAGUCAAGGGAUCUGAAUACUUUCUGAAUGCACUGUAUAUGUAGACACUACUACUCACUACUACAGUAUACAUAUAGACACUACUACAGUAUACAUAGACACUACUACUCACUACUACAUUAUUCAUAUAGACACUACUACUCACUACUACAGUAUACCUAUAGACAAUACUACUCACUACUACAGUAUACCUAUAGACACUACUACUCACUACAGUAUUCAUAAAGACACUACUACUCACUACUACAGUAUUCAUAUAGGCACUACUACUCACUACUACAGUAUUCAUAGACACAACUACUCACUACUACAGUAUUCAUAAAGACACUACUACUCACUACAGUAUUCAUAAAUACACUACUACUCACUACAGUAUUCAUAAAGACACUACUACUUACUCACUCUCUUGUAUACAGUACAGCAACUUACUCCCUUUAUAUACAGACAGUACAGCAACUAUUUAACACUAGAACCACUGGGUCAUUCUGACUGCAACAUUCUAACAGUGUAAUUAAUAAAUGUCAUAUAUGCUAUUGCUAAAUAAUCAUUUGGUUGUGUUCAUGCAGGUGUUAGGUAACGUUAGAAUUCGAUUAUUUGUUUCAUUUCAAAUAACAAAAUAGCACUUUCAUUAGUUUGUUACUGUAGGCUAUAUGUAAAAACACAAACUCAACUGUUCAAUCAAUUUUAUUAGUGGAGUGCCUUUGUUACAACUAUGAAAUAGAUACCACGUUAACAGCUUAUUUUUAUGAAGUUUUUGUUGUUGUUUUUUUACAAAAUGUCCCAAACACAAAGAUGCAUUUUCAGCAAAAUUCUCUGUCAAAUGAUGAAAAGCAUUAAUGGCAUUAUAAAUAAUAUAAGUGUCGAUAUGACUGCAGUCAAAAAUAGUAAACUAUUGUCAGCUCGUGGUUACAUGGUGUGCUUCACGCAAUGGCAUCGGUUGGAUUUCAUUUAUCUGUUAUCCCUUGUCCUAACAGUCGACAAAUCUUUGCCACUUUAAUUUGCUUGAAACACGUCCCACAAACACGUCGCUUGCAGGUGACACAGAUGUCUUGGGUUCUGUUCUUUGUGCAUCUGGCCACCUGGCACUGUCUCCUCCCCGGGAGAUGUGUGCAAUUUGCCUCGCGCAAAAGCUCACGUGGAAUCUUUGCUGCUGCCUUGGCCCUCGUGUCUCUCACGGAGCUCGUAUGCCAGACUAGUGAUGAAGUCUCUAUAGGGCAUGGUGUUGUUCAUGCUCUGCUUGAACACGUGUGUUUUGAUAGCAGCAAAGUCAAGCAUGUUGUAGAACAAAGCAACAGGCCAGCGGCGGGUGCCUCCUUUCACCGAGUACAGCCGUGCCAUCUGAUCCAAAACACCCACACCAACUUAUGGUGUAAAACCAUUCAAAUAAUGACAUGCCCUCCUAAAACUGGUUAUAACUCCUAUUCUGUUUGUGAUAUUAAGGUUCUAACAAUGACAGUGUGUUAAAUAGACUUAUAUAGGAAAAGUCAAGGACAGAGGGAGGCAUGACUUUAAAAAUGGCAGAGUAAUAAAAUAAAUUAAUGAAUGAGCAGUCAAAAUGACUGCUUUAGAGGUUCUAGUGUUAAGUGACUCCGUUCUCUGGAUUUGAAAGCAUCACUGGUACUUAAAAGGGACUUGUUUGAUAUGAAAUGACCUCAUGACGUUACUCAAGUCUUCCUGUCUGUGAUCUAGCAUCCAUUAUGGAGUCGAAGAAGCUUCUCAUCCUGGCCAGCAUCAGACAACCACUGGCUGACCACAGCAAUAAGGUAACCGCACGCCAUGUGUAAAUAUUAAACUGUUACACUUUGGCGCAGUUUUCACUCCUAAAAGGCAUAGAAAAUAAAAUCAAAGACCGUUUCAAUUACCCAUAUCCACACGCUGUAAAAAAACAAAAAAAACAUUUUAUCAUUGGGGAACACAUCAUACAUAAUGGCCUAAAUUCCCAGACAUGGAUUAAAUCUGGUCCUGGUUUGAAAACCACUUUCAAUAGGCUAUUACCUGCUUAAUCAGGGAAACCGACCCAAAAUGUUUUCUUAACGUUUUAAUGUUAGUGUUAUACUUGACCUCUGACCUGUCUAUUGUUUCUCCCUGCAGGUGAAGAAGAGGGUUGUCCAGGUGAUCAGUGCCAUGGCUCACCAUGGUUACCUGGAGCUGGAGGGAGGAGACCUGCUGGUCAAGUUUAUCAUCCAACACUGUGCUCUCCCUGACACUUACUAUGUACGUUUAGCAUGUCUACAAUACUUAUUGGUCUGAAGCCAUUAUCCUUGGCGAAGGAUUAGCAUGACAUUGUAAAUGGUGGAUCAGUAAAAAAUACUCUGACUUGUAUAUGGUGGUGUGUGUGUGUGUGUUUCUAAAGAACUGUGUGUGGGUUUGGUUUGUUGCAGCGUCCAGGCCAGCGCCCCAGUGACCCGGAGGAAGUGACCAAUGAGGCGCUGCGGAGCAUGUGUGACAACACACUUGACCUCUUCACUACGACUGUAGGACGCCUGACUGACGUGAGUCUACUGCAUGGAGAUAAGACUCCUCUCUCAGUUUCCUCUUUCUCUCUCUCUUUGUAUCUCUGUUUUUCUCACUGUUCUCUCUCUCUCAAUUCAAUAGACUUUAUUGACAUGGCAAGUUAAAUUACUUACAUUGUCAAAGUAUACAUAUAACAAAAAUGGUGGGACCAACAGAAAUAAUAAUAGUUGUUGUAGAAAUGGGAUUACCAUUAACAGCAACUACAACAAUAAUAUUAAUGAGAAUAACAAGACUUAAAGCAAUAGUAGUAGACCAGUCUCAACAUGACUAGGGCGGCAGGUAGCUUAGUGGUUAAGAGCGUUGUGCCAGUAACCGAAAGAUCGCUGGUUCUAAUCCCCGAGCCGACUAGGUGAAAAAUCUGUCGAUGUGCCCUUGAGCAAGGCACUUAACCCUAAUUGCUCCUGUAAGUCGCUCUGGAUAAGAGCGUCUGCUAAAUGACAAAAAAAAAAAAAAAAAGGACACAUGACAUUGUAUAAAAGCGAAAACAAAACUCUGUCUUUCUCUCUCUCUCUUUCUCUCCUCUCUCCUUUUCUCUCUCUCUCUCUCUCUUUCUCUCUCUCUCUCUCCUCUCUCUCCUUUUCUUUCUCUCUCCUUUUCUUUCUUUCUCUCUCCUCUCUCUCUUUCUCUCUCCUCUCUCCUUUUCUCUCUCUCCUCUCUCCUCUCUCUCUCUCUCUCUCUCUCUCUCUCUCUCUCUCUCUCCAAUCUAUUGCCUGUCUUCUUCUCUCUCACAUGAACAUUAUUUAUCCGAUGAGCAUAUUGAUGCAGAAACAUAUUUUGUCGUUCAUCGAAUGGUUUCAGGUAUAGAGGCAGUGAACAAAUUACAUUUUAAUGUUUGUUCCUGCUGUAAAAACGGCUUUGGAAUACAUCGGAGCCAAGUCACACUUAACACCAAACAUAAUACUUGUGAGAAGAGGUUGAGGGUGGGAUUGCUAUAAUAUGGACGUUUGUGUAAAGAAGCUCAGUCAGGAAAGUAUUAACUAUCAUCAGAUGUCUUGGGGGGGGGGGGGGGAAACCUGCUCUGUUUUCCUUGCCGAGACCGACAGAGAAGAUCCUCAUAAACACUUGACACAGUGACAGCGUCACAUCCAAAGACAGCAUCACCCUGUCUGUUUUACAGCCAAUCACUCUGCUCUUAGUUACUUGUUCCUUUGCGGUUCCCAACAUCAACACUCUCUCUGAGAUGACAUGUCUCUUGUAUUACUUCCCACUGGAAGCUAUUAGACAAGGCAUUGACAGAGACCGAAGAGAACAGUGAUUUACCAUGCCUUCAUUGGAUUAAAUCUCUGUGUCUACACUGCAUUCUUGCCUUUCUUGGCCACUGGCUGAAGUCUUCAUUGCAUGGACAGUUGGACUGCAGAAUUGGUUUCAAAUCAUAGUUGAAAUAUUUUGAGAGAGUUUGAUUUAUAGUUCUGGGUUUGAUUUAGCAUGCCUAUAGUUGUGGGUUUGAUUUAGCAUGCCUAUAGUUCUGGGUUUGAUUUAGCAUGCCUAUAGUUCUGGGUUUGAUUUAGCAUGUCUAUAGUUCUGGGUUUGAUUUAGCAUGUCUAGAGUUAUGGGUUUGAUUUAGCAUGCAUAUAGUUGUGGGUUUGAUUUAGCAUGCCUAUAGUUGUGGGUUUGAUUUAGCAUGCCUAUAGAUGUGGGUUUGAUUUAGCAUGCCUAUAGAUGUGGGUUUGAUUUAGCAUGCCUAUAGAUGUGGGUUUGAUUUAGCAUGCCUAUAGUUCUGGGUUUGAUUUAGCAUGCCUAUAGUUGUGGGUUUAAUUUAGCAUGCCUAUAGUUCUGGGUUUGAUUUAGCAUGCCUAUAGUUGUGGGUUUAAUUUAGCAUGCCUAUAGUUAUGGGUUUGAUUUAGCAUGUCUAGAGUUAUGGGUUUGCACAUUUGUCUAUGCUAUUGGUUUAAUUGUACCAGGCAAACUCAAUGUUGUGAUAUUACUGUACAUCUGUCUUCACGUGCUGUGGUCCAUGCUGUAGUAGCUGUCUGUCUGUCUUCAGAUGCUGUGGCCCAUGCUGCUGUACCUGACUGAUCCUCUGUCUGUCUGUCUUCAGGUCCUGUGGCCCAUGCUGUAGUACCUGACUGAUCCUCUGUCUGUCUGUCUUCAGGUCCUGUGGCCCAUGCUGUAGUACCUGACUGAUCCUCUGUCUGUCUGUCUUCAGGUCCUGUGGCCCAUGCUGCUGUACUACCUGACCCCAGGUCAGUACUCCAACGCCACCGCACCGCUCUGCAAGAGCCUCACACUGCUGGGCACCAAGAAGAGAGCCGCCCAGGAGCCCAACUUCAACAUAGACUUCAACGAGCAAGGUAGGUGUCUUUAGAAGAAGGAAAUCCGUUUACUACGUGCGCAACAGACAUUUGUAAUUUGUAUAUUGCAUUCUCCCUGGUAGACAUACAGUACGUGUACACAGAGUACAUUUUUCACAGAGUACUCCUCACAGAGUACAUAUUUUUUCACAGAGUACAUAUUUUUCCACAGAGUACAUUUUCCACAGAGUACAUUCACAUACAGUACAUUCACACACAGUACAUUACAUUCAUAUUAACAAACCAUUAUGAUGUCAUCACGAUGAGCCAGGGGGAUCUGACCAAUGGCAUGAGGUCAUUUCCUCUUUUCCUUUUCCUCUCUCUGAGUCCGUCUGGCGUUCCCGUCUUGGGAUUCGGCACACAAGCCCUUUAAUGUAAACAAGAUGGCCGCAGCCAGGCAGCCCCGGCCUACUCCUCGUCAGCACUUCUUUGGGAUUGGGAAUCGUUUUUUUUUCUGUUGAAAGUAUAUUUUAUACAGCCAUUUUGUUCUCAUUAAAGGGCCGUUGGUUUGGUGCUGAGAGGCCAGACAGACCAGAGUGUCUGGUUCUGAUUAGCUGAAUGAGAAGCCACAUUUAUCACUAAAUAAAGCACUAGCGUUGCCCGGGGCUUGAACUGUAAGGUCAUUGUUUCAAUGAGAAGACGAUGAUUAAGCUGAACUCUUUGUGGGGAGAAGUAAGAGCCUGGCCAGUUAAUCAUUCAGUCAUUCAUUAUAAUGCUUUAGUCUGCUAUCAACCUUGUUUACGCUCUCAUCUUGUUCUUCUUUUCAAUUCAGUUAAUCUUCCCUCUCCACAUAUACUGAUGGUCCGGCUCUUGGUGAGUCUAUGAAACCCUAAUGGCAUUCCAUUUGUAUGCGCAUGGAUUUCAGUUUGCUAUGUGGGAGUUUUAUAAAACUUGAACUUGAUUUAAACCCCAAAAAUAUGAUAAAUGUCUCCAAUAAUAGCUGGGCUAUUUCUUUGUCUUACCUGUAAGUCGGGAUGUGGUCGCGUCGUGUGUGUGUGUGUCUCAGGUGAACGGUUCGUUCCCGUUCCGGAGUCGUGGCCAUGGUGCACCGUCUCUGUCUCUACUGAACGUCAUAAGCCCUAAUAUCCACCCCAACACUGAGGCACUCUGGGAGAAGGAGAUCCCUGCUCUCCUCAGCUACCUGGAAGGUAAAUGACCUCAACUCAAUGACCCCAGAGCCUUAUAACCUAUAGCGAGCUAUGGUAGUGUCCAAAAUGGCUCCCUAUGUUGUGCUUAUGGGCCCUGGUCAAAAGUAGUGCAUUAUAUAGGGAAUAAGGUGCCAUUUGGGACUCCUCCUAUAUCUCUCUCUGAAUGACCCCCCUUUGGAGAGCAAAGCAGAAAUAACCCUGAGUGACUUUUAUUGCUACUGCAGUAUUGACAGCUUAGGGGGCUGUUUGAACCCCAUUCUAAUGUCAGUGGUAUAAAAUAGUUCUUGCUCCGUGUAUUCUACUGAGAGAGAACUGAUAUUAAUAAAGGCACAUCUUACCACAACAGCUCCAGUUAAGGGACGUUAUAAGUGAUUCACAUUUUUAAAGGCAAUGUCGGGGCUAUAUAUAUUUUUUGUGAUAGAGCUUUUUUAACUGUGGCCUAUUUCGUCUUUCCAUCAUAAAAAUACAUAACUUGGAUUUAAGUAGAGCAUAGGGUAUUAAAACUGAUCUUAAAUCAUUUUAGCUCUUUGGUCGGCUUGGAACUCUUUUUGUUGUCUGACAGGAAGUGCAGCGAGCGAGGUCUGAGUAUUAUGGUUUAUUCUCUAUUCUACUUCUUUACAGAGUCUACACCAGAAACACUAGACAACAAGAAAUGGGAAGAGAGUCUAUUACAGGUAUGCUGGUCUUUAUCUAACAUCUCUUUGUCUGUCUCCACAACACUGUCAAUAACAGUCACUAUGGUGGUCUUUAUCUAACAUCUCUUUGUCUGUCUCCACAACACUGUCAAUAACAGUCACUAUGCAGAACAGGGUGCGUCCCAAAUUGCAUCUUAUUCCUUUUAAGAUGCUCUGGUCAAAAGUAGUGCACUACAUAGGGAAUAGGGUGCCGUUUGGGACGUAGACAGUGUCUGACACAUAAAGUGUUGCAUAAGAAGUGUUUGCUGUUGUUUCAGUCACAAAGGGAUUUGAUGUACAGCAUUAUGAUGUAGUCACAUGGCUGUGUGGUGGGGUUUUGUCUGGACAUAUACAGCUCCUAGCCAAGUCCCUGGUGGCCAUAGCUGAUGACAAGUGGAGCUGCCAGCUGGCUAUAGAGGCCACGCGUUACCUCUCCACCUAUAAUCAGUCCCUGGAGGAGAAGGUUAGUGAACAAACCUCAUCUUAACCUCUCUUCAACCAUGAGUAGUGCCAACCUCAUCCUAACCUCUCUUCAACCAUGAGUAGGGCCAACCUCAUCCUAACCUCUCUUCAACCAUGAGUAGGGCCAACCUCAUCCUAACCUCUCUUCAACCAUGAGUAGGGCCAACCUCAUCCUAACCUCUCUUCAACCAUGAGUAGGGCCAACCUCAUCCUAACCUCUCUUCAACCAUGAGUAGGGCCAACCUCAUCCUAACCUCUCUUCAACCAUGAGUAGGGCCAACCUCAUCCUAACCUCUCUUCAACCAUGAGUAGGGCCAACCUCAUCCUAACCUCUCUUCAACCAUGAGUAGGGCCAACCUCAUCCUAACCUCUCUUCAACCAUGAGUAGGGCCAACCUCAUCCUAACCUCGCUUCAACCAUGAGUAGGGCCAACCUCAUCCUUACCUCGCUUCAACCAUGAGUAGGGCCAACCUCAUCCUUACCUCGCUUCAACCAUGAGUAUGGCCAAGAGUUCUUCAUGACCAAUAUCUUCUUGAAAACAAUAUAUUCUACAAACUAUCAAGGUUUAUAGUCUUGGCUUCAUGGCUCUUUCCACAGAGUUUCCUCUACAGGUGCAUUGGAGUGACUCUGCAGCAUUGUUACAACAAGGAGGUGGUCCAGAAGCAGCUGCAGGAGAUACUGAUCAGCGCACGACACAACGACGCCAUCGAGAGAGCGGUAAACCUCUUAGUCCGACCCCAUUUGAGUCAGGCUACGAUCCUCUUGAUAGCAGUUGCUUUUCUACCCCCCCCGAGUAGCUCAUAAACACCAGGGCAUUGUGUACAUUGAUGGUUGGAAUUACACAGAAACUAGGGGUUUGUUUGUGUAUUUGUCUUCAUACGUUCAUCGUGACCCUUCAUGUAAUUGUCUGCGUAAGGCAGGGCAGAGCGUCGCCAGGCAGAACAGUGUGUCUUUGUACGGUGGCCUCUACAGCUAAAUUGCCUAGUAAAGACAGUCUUGUGACAAGUACUCUUAAGCCUUUGAUUAUUUUCAAAGGCAGGUCACGUCUGCCUUCCUAAGCUGUAAUUUGUGUCUGGAAUUAAACGUUUUUUCCCCCCCCUCAUUUCCGUUGUAUUACAACCAGAUGAUUAGGAAUUUUUGUGUUUUUACAAUCUUUAGGCCUAAUAACAGAGAGUGGUAGUCAAAUUCUAAUGACGAUGUUAAUGAUAAUAUAGAUGUACUAUUUGGUCAUUGGAGGCUUAAGCAUCCAUUAAACUGUACUAAUUGGGUGUGUUUGGGGUAAUGGGUUUCCCAGGGUGUCGCCAUGGGGAUCGGGCUGUGUGCCAGCAGUCAUCUCGAUGCCACUCUGGCCAAACUGGACGACUUUGGGAAAUCUGACGCCUUCAGGAAAGCCUCCGGAAUAUUCAGCCUGCUCAAAGUUAGUAGGCUAUGUUUUUAUUUUCAUCGUAGGUGGAAAAAAUCAUAAACUUGGCAAUGUCUGCCUUGGAGGUUCUCUCAAUGCCUCAUACAGUCAGCAAUUUGACAGAUUCUGAUUCAAGAUUUUAUGGAGUGUGUUGAUUUCGUUCUACUAUUUUGAGCGUUUGAUUGAGCCUGCCUGGAGUGCCACAUACAGUAGGCAAGAUUUGCACUUUUGGGAUUAUUCCAUUGGUUCCAUUUCACCAGACGAGCUCUAUCAAGCCCUGCUAAAGUAUUUGAAAGGAAACAUGUACAGGUAUUGAUAAACUGAUUUAAUUAGCCUAAUUUGUAUAUUUGAAGGUUUUUACAAAGUUGACAUUAAUCCCACAUUGAAAUAGCUUUUAGUCCAGUACUAGCCUCAAUCUGUGUCUGGGGAAACCUUCAUCCUCCCAUCACUACCUCCUCUUCCUCAGGACAAGAAUGACAUGGAUGUAGAGAAGAUGAAGAGCACGCUGAUCCUGUGUUACGGUUACGUAGCACUCCACGCCCCAGAGGACCAGAUCCUGUCCCGCAUUGACUCCGACAUCCUCCGCAGCAUCAGUAAGCACUUCAACACCAAGGUAAGGAGCUAGGGCCUGGGAGAGAUGAAGUAGGACAUACAGUUGAAGUUGGAAGUUUACAUACACCUUAGCCAAAUACAUUUAAACUCAGUUUUUCACAAUUCCUGACAUUUAAUCCUAGUAAAAAUUCCCUGUCUUAGGUCAGUUAGGAUCACCACUUUAUUUUAAGAAUGUGAAAUGUCAGAAUAAUAGUAGAGAGCGAUUUAUUUCAGCUUUUAUUUCUUUCAUCACAUUCCCAGUGGGAAUUAGUUUUUGGUAGCAUUGCCUUUAAAUUGUUUAACUUGUUUCAAACGUUUCGGGGAGCCUUCCACAAGCUUCCCACAAUAAGUUGGGUGAAUUUUGGCCCAUUCCUCCUGACAGAGCUGGUGUAACUGAGUCAGGUUUGUAGGCCUCCUAGCUCGCACACGCCUUUUCAGUUCUGCCCACACAUUUUCUGUAGGAUUGAGGUCAGGGCUUUGUGAUGGCUACUCCAAUACCUUAACUUUGUUGUCCUUAAGCCAUUUUGCCACAACUUUGGAAGUAUGCUUGGGGUCAUUGUCCAUUUGGAAGACCCAUUUGCGACCAAGCUUUAACUUCCUGACUGAUGUCUUGAGAUGUUGCUUCAAUAUAUCCACAUAAUUUUCCUUCCUCAUGAUGCCAUCUAUUUUGUGAAGUGCACCAGUCCCUCCUGCAGCAAAGCCCCACCACAGCAUGAUGCUGCCAUCCUUGUGCUUCACGGUUGUGAUGGUGUUCUUCGGCUUGCAAGCCACCCCCUUUUUCCUCCAAACAUAACGAUGGUCAUUAUGGCCAAACAGUUCUAUUUUUGUUUCAUCAGACCAGAGGACAUUUCUCCAAAAAGUACAAUUUUUGUCCCCAUGUGCAGUUGCAAAACGUAGUCUGGCUUUUUUAUGGCGGUUUUGGAGCAGUGGCUUCUUCCUUGCUGAGCGCCCUUUCAGGUGAUGUCGAUAUAGGACUCAUUUUACUGUGGAUAUAGAUACCUUUGUACCUGUUUCCUCCAGCAUCUUCACAAGGUCCUUCAGACGUUUGGAAAUUGCUCCCAAGGAUGAACCAGACUUGUGGAGGUCUACCAUUUUUUUCUUCUGAGGUCUUGGCUCAUUUCUUUUGAUUUUCCCAUGAUGUCAAGCAAAGGCACUGGGUUUGAAGGUAGGCCUUGAAAUACAUCCACAGGUACACCUCCAAUUGACUCAAAUUAUGUCAAUUAGCCUAUCAGAAGCUUCUAAAGCCAUGACAUCAUUUUCUAGAAUUUUCCAAGCUGUUUAAAGGCACAGUCAACUUAGUGUAUGUAAACUUCUGACCCACUGGAAUUGUGAUACAGUGAAUUAUAUGUGAAAUAAUCUCUGUAAACAAUUGUUGGAAUAAUUACGUGUCAUGCACAAAGUAGAUGUCCUAACCAACUUGCCAAAAUGCUGGAGGAAACAGGUACAAAAGUAUCUAUAUCCACAGUAAAACGAGUCCUAUAUCGACAUAACCUGAAAGGCCGCUCAGCAAGGAAGAAGCCACUGCUCCAAAACCGCCAUAAAAAAGCCAGACUACGGUUUGCAACUGCACAUGGGGACAAAAAUUUUACUUUUUGGAGAAAUGUCCUCUGGUCUGAUGAAAAAAAAAUAGAACUGUUUGGCCAUAAUGACCAUCGUUAUGUUUGGAGGAAAAAGGGGGAUGCUUGCAAGCCGAAGAACACCAUCCCAACCGUGAAGCACGGGUGUGGCAGCAUCAUGCUGUGGGGGUGCUUUGCUGCAGGAGAGACUGGUGCACUUCACAAAAUAGAUGGCAUCAUGAGGAAGGUAAAUUAUGUGGAUAUAUUGAAGCAACAUCUCAAGACAUCAGUCAGGAAGUUAAAGCUUGGUCGCAAAUGGGUCUUCCAAAUGGACAAUGACCCCAAGCAUACUUCCAAAGUUGUGGCAAAAUGGCUUAAGGACAACAAAGUCAAGGUAAUGGAGAGGCCAUCACAAAGCCCUGACCUCAAUCCUAUAGAACAUUUGUGGGCAGAACUGAAAAAGUGUGUGCGAGCAAGGAGGCCUACAAACCUGACUCAGUUACACCAGCUCUGUCAGGAGGAAUGGGCCAAAAUUCACCCAAUUUAUUGUGGGAAACUUAUUCACCCAACUUAUUGUGGGAAGUUAAACAAUUUAAAGGCAAUGCUACCAAAUACUAAUUGAGUGUAAGUAAACUUCUGACCAACUGGGAAUGUGAUGAAAGAAAUAAAAGCUGAAAUAAAUCAUUCUCUCUACUAUUAUUCUGACAUUUCACAUUCUUAAAAUAAAGUGGUGAUCCUAACUGACCUAAGACAGGGAAUUUUUACUAGGAUUAAAUGUCAGGAAUUGUGAAAAACUGAGUUUAAAUGUAUUUGGCUAAGGUGUACGUAAACUUCCGACUUCAACUGUAUCUAAUACUAAACCAUCGCUAACUGUUUUUUAAAGAAAACCAAUGAUGGGGCAUAUUUGUGGCAUUUGAAAGGAACAUAAACCACACAACAAAAACCACAGUAAAAGGAAUAUGUGAUUAUAUCAAUCAGUUGAAGGAGAGAUCACGCCAUAUCAUUCAGGAGGUCUCUCUGUCUCUCCGUGGCCUCAGAUGAACCUGGUUUAUAUCCCCAGGGAUCUCCUUUACCCGCCGGCCAUAUGCUUAGCAUUACAAUGACUGUCUGAAAACUAGCCUUCAUAGUUUUCUUUGUUAAAUGAGUCCUGUUAAACUGCAGCAUUCAGGGGCCGCUGCCAAUGUAUGACCUCCAGAUUUCCACUUGAAUUGGAGCAUAGGAUUUUUAUGUCUGUGGUUAGGGUGGGUGGUUGGACACACACACAUAAGGUGUUUAACGUUAAGAAGCCAAGUCUAUAUCCAUUGAGUCAUUUGGGUUCCACACAGGGCUCAUUUAAUUGGAUACGGCUAGUUGGCCAGCACUGUAACAUUUGCUAACCUUUUUACUGCACUGCAAUGCGGAUAUAGAGUUCAUCUGUAUCUGUGAGACAUUUAAUGUAUCGCUCUCCCAUACCACGGUUAACCAUCUAAAUGUGGAACAGUUUCAUGGUAAGGGCCUUCUGUAGUCAGAUAAAACAUUUUCUUAAUGAGGGGAAAGAGCACAUUCUCUUCUCUUUAGGGGAAAGGAUAUAUUCUUGUCUAGUAGCGUACACUUGUGAAUUAAACUCCUUGUUACUUUUAUGUUGUGCAGGUUCUGGGGAUUAAAAUAGAGACCAAGGUACCGUGACGGGACCCUGACAAAGGAUCCUCUCUCUCUCUCUACGCUCUCUCUCUCACUAAAACUCUUGUAACAAUCUCUUCUCUCUAGAACGCUGCUGCUUCAACGUUCUGAACUUUUAGAAGUAAAUGUCUCUCUAGUUGAAAAGAGUUAUGAUGGGGAGGCAGUGUGUUUGUUUGCCUCUAUGUUUCAGAAGUUCAGAACGUUUAGAGCUUUUGAAUGCCCUCAAUGUCGUACUAACACUGUAUGGCUCUAUGGUGUUUCUAGGGGCACUAUGGUGUUUCCUUACCUUUCUGAUCUAAGACUCACACCAGCUCUUAGGUUGUGAUGCCAAAUCAGAUGGUGAAAUUUGAUGUUGAAAUUAUUUUUUCCCAUCCAGAUUGCAAAGCUUACAUUUCUCUCUGACAUUUACAGUCUCCAAAUCAAGGCAUGGAUGAUCAUUCUCAAAAAAUACACCCUCUACUUUUGAUUGAUUGUUUAAUUGAUAUUGACCGGUAUCUACAGUGCAUUCGGGAAAGUAUUCAGACCCCUUCACCCUUACCACAUUUUGUUACGUUGCAGCCUUAGUCUAAAAUGGAUUAAAGUAUUUUUUCCCCCUCAUCAAUCUACACACAAUACCCCAUAAUGACAAAGCGAAAACAGGUUUUUAGAGAUGUUUGCAAAUGUAUUAAAAACAGAAAUACCUUAUUUACAUAAGUAUGCAGACCCUUUGCUAUGAGACUCUAAAUUGAGCUCAGUUACAUCCUGUUUCCAUUGAUCAUCCUUGAGAUGUUUCUACAACUUGAUUGGAGUCCACCUGUUGUCAAUUCAAUUGAUUGGACAUGAUUUGGAAAGGCACACACCUGUCUAUAUAAGGUCCCACAGUUGACAGUGCAUGUCAGAGCGAAAACCAAGCCAUGAGGUCAAAGGAAUUGUCCGUAGAGCUCCGAGACAGGAUUAUGUCGAGGCACAGAUCUGGGGAAGGGUACCAAAACAUUUCUGCAGUAUUGAGGGUCCUCAAGAACACAUUGGCCUCCAUCAUUCUUAAAUGGAAGAAGUUUGGAACCACCAAGACUCUUCCUAGAGCUGGCUGCCCGGCCAAACUGAGCAAUCGUGGGAGAAGGGCCUUGGUCAGGGAGGUGACCAGGAACCCGAUGGUCACUCUGACAGAGCUGUGGAGAUGGGAGAACCUUCCAGAAGGACAACCAUCUCUGCAGCACUCCACCAAUCAGUCCUUUAGGGUAGAGUGGCCAGACGGAAUCCACUCCUCAGUAAAAGGCACAUGACAGCCCGCUUGGAGUUUGCCAAAAGGCACCUAAAGGACUCUCAGACCAUUUAGAAACAAGAUUCUUGGUCUGAUGAAACCAAGAUUGAACUCUUUGGCCUGAAUGUCAAGCGUCACAUCUGGAGGAAACCUGGCUCCGCUCAUCACCUGGCCAAUACCAUCCCUACGGUGAAGCAUGGUGGUGGCAGCAUCAUGCUGUGGGGAUGUCUUUCAGCGGCAGGGACUGGGAGACUAGUCAGAAUCGAGGGAAAGAUGAACGGAGCAAAGUACAGAAAGAUCCUUGAUGAAAACCUGCUCAGGAUCUCUGACUGAGGCGCAGGUUCACCUUCAAACAGGACCACGACCCUAAGCACACAGCCAAGACAACGCAGGAGUGGCUUCGGGAGAAGUCUCUGAAUGUCCUUGAGUGGCCCAGCCAGAGCCCGGACUUGAACCCAAACAAACAUCUCUGGAGAGACCUGAAAAUAGCUGUGCAGCAACACUACCCAUCCAACAUGACAGACCUUGAGAGGAUUUGCAGAGAAGAAUAGGAGAAACUCCCCAAAUACAGGUGUGCCAAGCUUGUAGCGUCAUACCCAAGAAGACUCGAGGCUGUAAUCGCUGCCAAAGGUGCUUCAAAGUGAGUAAAGGGUCUGAAUAAUUAUGUAAAUGUGAUAUCACCGUUUUUUUUUUUAUACAUUUGCUUUGUCAUUAUGGGUUAUUGUGUAGAUUGAUGAGGGAAAAAACUAACAAUUUAAUCAGUUUUAGAAUAAGGCUGUAACGUAACAAUGUGGAAAAAGUGAAGGGGUCUGAAUGCUUUCCGAAUGCACUGUAUACAUAGAUUUUAAGCCAACUGAAAAGUUGUGAAAUUCAUCUUCAGUUGAAUUUAUGUGACUGACCCAACCGUACUCUAUUGUUUCUUAUGCCAUGUGCUGAAAACAUUCUAUUGAUGGGAUGCUCUUAUGAAGUUUAAGAUCGUUCUUUUAUGGACCCCUGACAUUUCAACAAAAUAUAGAAAUCACUACGGUUGAAAUCUUUGGUCCUGCUCUAGUCUAUCAAUCUCUAGACGUUUUAUUGAUGUCAGAGGGAACUUUAGAAUCAUAGGGUAAGUGACUGUCUGUGUAUGCUUGAGGGUUGCACUAUACAACUAAUAUUUGGUUGUCUUGCUCACAACGAUGCGAACAAACUAAACCUCUGACCGCCAUCGCCAAUUACCAUGAACACAGUCUGAGGCUGUGUGUUUGUCUUUGUGUGUGUAUUUUUGUGUGUGUUUUUGUCUGUCUGUCUCUGUGUGUGUGUGUGUGUGCCUCUAUCGGGGUGGUGUGUGUGUGUGUGUGUGUGUACGCUGUAUUUCCCCCCCCCGUCAGGACCUGACCAUGAAGCUGAGUCUGAUUCAGAGCGUGGGGCUCAUAGCCAAGGCCAUCAGCACCGUCAUACGCAAACAGGGCUACAUGUUCGUCCGCAAGCAGGAACUCAUGGGAGUCAUGAUGGUCAGUGUUUGUCAUCUGUUAUGUCAUGUUAUGUGAUGUUUAUGUAUUCUGUUAUGUCAUGUUAUGUGAUGUUUAUGUAUUCUGUUAUGUCAUUGUUAUGACAGUAUUAUGUAUCCCUUAUGACGGAGGAUUAAAUUAAAUGUUACCGGAUUUAGAUCACACCAACUGCCAAAACAUUGUUUAUGACUGCCUAUGACGGCUGUUAUGUCUUAUGUAUCUGUUAGAAAGGCUCUAUGAUAUAAGGGGUGCUAUAGUAAAGUGGUCCUGAUUGUGUUGUUCCCUCUCAAUAUCUUCCUUUACUUUGUUGAAGGAUUUUAUCAAGGCAGAACCGACGGAUGCCAUGCGGACUCCGGUUCGCCACCUUGUGAUGACGACGUGUGCCAACCUCAUGUAUCCUUUAAUUCCAAGAGGUGUGCUAGUGGGUUGCAUGUUGGAACAGAGCCUAGAGAUGUCAGCCAUAGACAGUCAGCCUGCCAGGAGCUUGUCAGUACCAGGUGUUUCAUCUUCCAUACUAGGGUUGCAAAAUCCGGUAACUUUCCCAAAAUUCCCAUGUUUUCCAGAAAUACUAGUUGGAGGAUUCUGGAUUUCCUGCUGAUUCCUUCCCUCCUGAUUCCAGGAAUCUUCCAACCAGGAUGUCUGGAAAACCUGGGAAUUUUUGGAAAGUUUUGUAUAUCCCUAGCUCCUACUGAGUGAUGUUAUUAAUCCUUGACCACAGGCUGACCCCAGUAACCUGGAGCCAGCGCUGACGGAGAAUGACAACUUUGAGAUGCUGCGGACGUGUCUGAACGGUGUGUAUGGCCUGCCCCCGCUGGACACUCCAGACAAGGACAGGGGCAAAGACGAAGAGGUGCUGGAGCCCAAACAGAGAGAGGUGAGAGGUGCUGGAACCCAAACAGAGAGAGCAGAGAGGUGCUGGAACCCAAACAGAGAGAGGUGCUGGAACCCUAACAGAGAGAGCAGAGAGAGGUGCUGGAACCCAAACAGAGAGAGGAGAGUGGUGCUGGAACACAAAUAGAGAGAGGAGAGUGGUGCUGGAACCCAAACGGAGAGAGCAGAGAGCAGAGCAGCAGCAACUCUAUGAUGAACAUUCACUGCCUCCAAUACACACUGUACAGCCAAUGUGUGACCUCUAGUAUAUACAGUGGGGAAAAAAAGUAUUUAGUCAGCCACCAAUUGUGCAAGUUCUCCCACUUAAAAAGAUGAGAGAGGCCUGUAAUAUUCAUCAUAGGUACACGUCAACUAUGACAGACAAAUUUAGAUUUUUUUUCUCCAGAAAAUCACAUGGUAGGAUUUUUAAUGAAUUUAUUUGCAAAUUAUGGUGGAAAAUAAGUAUUUGGUCACCUACAAACAAGCAAGAUUUCUGGCUCUCACAGACCUGUAACUUCUUCUUUAAGAGGCUCCUCUGUCCUCCACUCGUUACCUGUAUUAAUGGCACCUGUUUUAACUUGUUAUCAGUAUAAGACACCUGUCCACAACCUCAGUCACACUCCAAACUCCACUAUGGCCAAGACCAAAGAGCUGUCAAAGGACACCAGAAACAAAAUUGUAGACCUGCACCAGGCUGGGAAGACUGAAUCUGCAAUAGGUAAGCAGCUUGGUUUGAAGAAAUCAACUGUGGGAGCAAUUAUUAGGAAAUGGAAGACAUACAAGACCACUGAUAAUCUCCCUCGAUCUGGGGCUCCACGCAAGAUCUCACUCUGUGGGGUCAAAAUGAUCACAAGAACGGUGAGCAAAAAUCCCAGAACCACACGGGGGGACCUAGUGAAUGACCUGCAGAGAGCUGGGACCAAAGUAACAAAGCCUACCAUCAGUAACACACUACACCGCCAGGGACUCAAUCCUGCAGUGCCAGACGUGUCCCCCUGCUUAAGCCAGUACAUGUCCAGGCCCGUCUGAAGUUUGCUAGAGUGCAUUUGGAUGAUCCAGAAGAGGAUUGGGAGAAUGUCAUAUGGUCAGAUGAAACCAAAAUAGAACUUUUUGGUAAAAACUCAACUCGUCUUGUUUGGAGGACAACGAAUGCUGAGUUGCAUCCAAAGAACACCAUACCUACUGUGAAGCAUGGGGGUGGAAACAUCAUGCUUUGGGGCUGUUUUUCUGCAAAGGGACCAGGACGACUGAUCCGUGUAAAGGAAAGAAUGAAUGGGGCCAUGUAUCGUGAGAUUUUGAGUGAAAACCUCCUUCCAUCAGCAAGGGCAUUGAAGAUGAAACGUGGCUGGGUCUUUCAGCAUGACAAUGAUCCCAAACACACCACCCGGGCAACGAAGGAGUGACUUCGUAAGAAGCAUUUCAAGGUCCUGGAGUGGCCUAGCCAGUCUCCAGAUCUCAACCCCAUAGAAAAUCUUUGGAGGGAGUAGAAAGUCUGUGUUGCCCAGCGACAGCCCCAAAACAUCACUGCUCUAGAGGAGAUCUGCAUGGAGGAAUGGGCCAAAAUACCAGCAACAGUAUGUGAAAACCUUGUGAAGACUUACAGAAAACAUUUGACCUGUGUCAUUGCCAACAAAGGGUAUAUAACAAAGUAUUGAGAAACUUUUGUUAUUGACCAAAUACUUAUUUUCCACCAUAAUUUGCAAAUAAAUUCAUUAAAAAUCCUACAAUGUGAUUUUCUGGAUUUUUUUUCCUCAUUUUGUCUGUCAUAGUUGAUGUGUACCUAUGAUGAAAAUUACAGGCCUCUCUCAUCUUUUUAAGUGGGAGAACUUGCACAAUUGGUGGCUGAAUAAAUACUUUUUUUCCCCACUGUACAUACACACACGUUCAACCUUUAGGACACACAUGAACAACCUCAAGUACACAUAUGCACAGCCUUUCUCUCUGUGUAUAGACAUAGUCAUCUCAGCAAAAACAUGAACCUGCACUUUGUUCCUUCACACUCAUUUUAUGAAAGUAUGAAACAAGGUGUCCGCGGGUCUGAAAUUAAUUUAAUUUAUUUAUUUAGGCUUUAAUAAGUCUAAAAAUGUCUUCAAUUCAGUUUUCAAAGGUCUUAAAAAAUGUGACGGAGAUGACUACACUGUUUUACAUUGCGCUGCUGCGUAAUUGUUACCACCACGGCAAAACGGCAACAUCAAAUAAUAUUCGAGCCGCACUUUCAAGAUGUUAGAGCUAUCCACAUGUGCGCCUCUGACUGUGUGUGUGCCAGUGUGAGUCAGGCCGUUGCCAGAGGAGAGAGAAGGGUGAAGGUACAAUUUGAUAGACAACAAUCCUACCUAGAGCUGGGACGAUAAACCGACGUUGUCCUCCUCUUACCGAAGCAAUUUUGCUUAUGUCGUUGUUUAGACUACACAACGUUCCUGCAGAUUUUUUGGUUCUAAAACCAUUAUUUGGUCAACAGUAGUGUGCAUUAAUCUGCUUCCUGAAUGAAAGGAUCUACCCUGUCCCUGUUUCGCUGCUGCCUCUCACUCCUUCUCCCCCCUUUGCACACGGAGUGAAGGGAGAGAUGCAUUCUGAUAAGCGCAGUUGAGCAACAUUUAGAAAUGUAAUUGUGUGAAAGACAUAGUUGUUUUUAAAACAACUACUGUUACUGUUGUUAAAAAAAGAGGAGAGUCUCAGCUUUGAGUAUACUGUAAAAAUUAUUUCUCAACUGUCAAUAUAGAGGAAAUAUAACCACUUUACAAACGGAUAAUAAGCCAGCGGAACGGAGUGGAGCAUGCCAUUUGCGGUGAAAACAAUGGAAUGUUUUUGUAGGAUAUUACAUUUAAUGUUAGAUCAUUUGCAUGGCUAUCUAGCGACGAUAUCAUAUUUAGAUUUAGCAAUCUAGCUAAUGUGUUUUGAGUUCCCACUUCCUCGGGCAGCAGGUAGCCUAGUGGUUAGAGCGUUGGGUCUGUAACCGAAAGGUUGCUGGUUCAAAUACCCGACUCGACAAGGUGAAAAGGCACAUAACCCUAAUUCGCUCCAGGGGUGCCGUACGACUAUGGCUGACCCUUUAAAACCAACACAUUUCACUGCACCCAUCUGGUGUAUGUGACAAUACAACAUAUGUAUUUAUUUGUAUCAUUAUGUAGAAAAUAUCCUAGGCCAAUAUGUACAAAAAAACAUGCAGGCAAAUUCAUCCCUAAAAUAAAUAUCUGAUUAUUCUGGAUCCUAUUUUGACAUUGCACAUCAGAAUAACUAUCAUGCAUUCCCUGAACAUGUUAGAUGAAAUGUCUAUAAUAAUGUCUGUCUUAGCACUGGAAAAAGUCAGUCUAGAGUCAUCCCGCUUAGCUAUCUUGCUUCGAAGUAUAGCCAUUUUUGGUUGUAAGCUAAUAUUCUAAUGUUAUCGCAUAAUAAUAAUAAUUAUUCAUUAUUAAUACCUCCAGGAGACUUACUGGGUGUGAGCAGUGCUGAAUCAGAAGGCUGCACAGCCAGUGGCCUAGCUCUCUAGAUGGAGAGUUGACCACAUGUUUUAUAAAGUUACUGUGCUGUAUUGUCACGAUCGUCGGGAACAGAGGACCAAUGCGCAGCGUUAUUUGCGAACAUAUUUAUUAAAUAAAGAUCACACGAACAAAAACGAUAACGUGACGUCCUUGGAUCAAACACAACCUACUUGGAACAAGAUCCCACAAACACUGUGGGGAAACUGGCUGCUUAAGUAUGGUUCCCAAUCAGAGACAACAAGCAACAGCUGAUACACGUUGCCUCUGAUUGAGAACCACACUGGCCAACAUAUAAAUACUACACUAGAAUGGAAAACACAUGAAAACUCACACCCUGGCUCAACAUACUAGAGUCCCCAGAGCCAGGGCGUGACAUGUAUAUUUGACUUUAAGGCAUUUUUUUUCACAGUGGUAUCGUUAUGUUAUUGAGUAUCAUCGAAGCCAAAAUUCUGGACACUUAGUUUGUGAUCUAGCUAAUGAUUAGCCCAUUGCGGCAGCCUAAACAAGUGCAGAUGGGCAUCCCCAUACUUCAGCCAUCUAUAGCCUAGCCCAGGGAUCAUCAACUAGAUUCAGCCGCGGGCCGAUUCUGUUUCGUGGGUGGCUAGUCGGGGUGGCGGGAACAUAAUUACAAAUAAUUUGUAGACUACAAAUUGACCACAAGAAACCCAAACAGAUAUAAUGUUUGACUAAAACAAUCAUUUCAAACCUUGUUUACGAUCACGUGUCUCUUUAUUAUGCGUGGGAAUACUUGGGAACAGUCUUAAAUACAACUUAAUGGAACCAGCAGAUACCCUGAAAGUGGAGAUGGUAAAGCUUGUAUCUACUCCUUUUCCCACAGGCGUUAUACAAAGACACCUUCAAUGCGCUUCAGGAGUUGUUGAGGAAUAUUCUUGCAAGAGACCUGAGUCCAGACGGACUACAGAGUGUAUUCAAGGUAAGUUGGUGAUAAGAAGUAUACGCUUAAAUGUUUACCUAUUUAUACAAUGAUCUUUAGCCCAACCUUGACCCUGCCUUUGGUUGUCCGCAGCACAUUGAGGCGUGGUUGAGUUCUGGUCAGGACCAUGAGAGGGAGAGGGCGAUGAAGACCACAGCUCACAUCCUACAGUUCUACUUCACCAGCCUCAACGUCAAAGUGAGUCAGAAAAACAACUGCAAACCGUUCUUUCCCAGGUAAUAUUUGGACCUUACUAGCUAAAGACCUUGAGUUUUAUAGACAUAAACUAACAGCAAAUAUUGCCGUGUUUUUCAAAACAUUUGCGAUGCCAUAAAAUUCAGUAGUGUCUCUUGUGAGCUGACCAAUGUUUGUAGUGGUUCUAAAGGCUCAUUUGGUAGGAACAUGGGGCUUGCAGCAACAGGACCACAGAUACUGAAGGACAUUUAAAUAAAUCAUCCAGAACUCCUGGAGAACAGUAGAAGUUGAUAUAAGUGCUUCUUUAUUGUUAAAGGGAUACUUCAAGAUUUUGGCAAUGAGGCCCUUUAUCUACUUUCUCAGAUGAACUGAACUGGAAGUCUAUGGGUAUCUGCUAGCAUCCUUGUAAAUACCAAUAGACUUCCAGUCAUUGCACCAACGCUAGUUAGCAUUGGCUCGCGAAUCGACCUCUAAUUUUCUUAAUACUGGACACAGUCAUAAAAAUGGUAUCCACAAGUUCAUCUGGCUCUGGGGAAGUAGAUACAGGGCCUCAUUGCCAAUAUCCUGAAGUAUCCCUUUAAAAGUCAAACCAACCCUUAGCCUUAAUCUGGGUUUUCUGUCUGUAGAACAUGGUAACCUUCCACAACCUGGGUUCUCUCCUGGGCCGCCUGGCCCCCCGAUGCACCGACCCCAACCCCCUGGUCCGCAGGGCAGCCAUCGACUGCAUCUACACCCUGCUCUACAUCCAGCUACGCUACGAAGGUAACACACACACACACUCUGUCUCUGAUUCAAUACGCCUUGUCUUGUAUAGUUUCAUAUUCUCUGCUGACCAGCUUAACUCCCCAGGGACCAGCUUAACUCCCCCAGGGACCAGCUUAACUCCCCCAGGGACCAGCUUAACUCUCCCAGGGACCAGCUUAACUCUCCCAGGGACCAGCUUAACUCUCCCAGGGACCAGCUUAACUCUCCCAGGGACCAGCUUAACUCUCCCAGGGACCAGCUUAACUCCCCCAGGGACCAGCUUAACUCCCCCAGGGACCAGCUUAACUCCCCCAGGGACCAGCUUAACUCCCCCAGGGACCAGCUUAACUCCCCCAGGGAACAUCACAGCCCAUUUCUGGGCCCCUUUAAUACGAGAAACUCUGGCUGUGUUCCAAAUGGCACCCUAUUCCCUAUAUAGUGCACGACAUUUGACAAAUCAAAUCUAAUCUAAUGCGCAGAAUACAACAGGUGUAGACCUUACAGUGAAAUGCUUACUUACAAGCCCUUAACCAAGAAUGCAGUUUUAAAGAAAAAUAAGUGUUAAGUAAAAAAUAGAUAAGUAAAACAUUUAAAUAACAUAAUUAAAGAGCAGCAGUAAAAUAACAGUAGCGAGGCUAUAUACAGGGGGUACCGGUGCAGAGUCAAUGUGGGGGGGCACAGGUUAGUCAAGGUAAUUGAGGUAAUAUGUAGAUGUAGGUAGAGUUAAAGUGACUAUGCAUAUAUAUUAAACAGAGAGUAGCAGCGUAAAAGAGGGAGUGGACAAUGCAAAUAGUCCGGGUAGCCAUUUGAUUAGCUGUUCAGGAGUCUUAUGGCUUGGGGGUAGAAGCUGUUAAGAAGCCUUUUGGACCUAGACUUGCCGUGCGGUAGCAAAGAGAACAGUCUAUGACUAGGGUGGCUGGAGUCUUUGACCAUUUUUAGGGCCUUCCUCUGACACCGCCUGGUAUAGAGGUCCUGGAUGGCAGGAAGCUUGGCCCCAGUGAUGUACUGGGCCGUACGCACUACCCUCUGUAGUGCCUUGCGGUCGGAGGCCGAGCAGUUGCCAUACCAGGCGGUGAUGUAACCAGUCAAGAUGCUCUCGAUGGUGCAGCUGUAGAACCUUAUGAGGAUCUGAGGACCCAUGCCAAAUCUUUUCAGUCUCCUUAGGGGGAAUAGGCUUUGUCGUACCCUCUUCACGACUGUCUUGGUGUGUUUGGACCAUGUUAGUUUGUUGGUGAUGUGGACACCAAGGAACUUGAAGCUCUCAACCUGUUCCACUACAGCCCCGUCAAUGGCCCAUAAGGCUCUGGUCAAAAGGAGUGCACUAUAUAGUGAAUAGGGUGCCAUUUGGGAUGCACACCUCUGUGUGUGGCAUCCUGCUUGGAGUGAGAUUGCAGUGUGUGGAGCUCAGCUGCAGCUGGUCUCAUUGUCUCCCUCCCCUGGCACUAGGCUUCUCUCUGGACUAUAAAGACGACUCGGUGGAGAGACUGAUCACAUUGAGGGAGAGCAUGGACAACCCAGACCACUCUGUCCUCUACAAGACCUGCUCCGAGCUCGCCAAGGUAAGGGACUCUUAUGUUGCAGGAUAGGAGAAUACAGUCAGUGUUAAAUUCACAAAAAUAUUUAUACAUCAUGUUUCACCUUAGGUUUCAAAAUUCUCUAUUUGUCAUGGUCGACAAGCUUACAAACCCAAUAAAGCAGAUACCAUCAGAACUCAUGUCCACUGUGAAAUGUAAUGAAUUUGCGUGUUUCUUUAGUGAAAAAAUGAUAAGUAUAAGACGGACCAUCAAAACUGCUCAGUCUAAAAAGGACUCUGUACCGUCACCACGACCACCAAGACAUAACUUGGUUAUUAUGUCGCAUUUUAAUACAAUUGAUCAAAAAUCCCUAGAAGAAACAGUUCGACAUCUUAAAGCUUCCACUUGCUGUCUCGACACACUGCCAUCAGACUUUUUAAAAACAAUUUUUACCUCUAUAACAAUGGACUUAUAGUUAAUAGCUCUCUGCAAUCAGGCAUUUUCCCAACGUCUCUAAAAACAGCUGCCAUUAAGCCCCUAUUAAAAAAGAGAACACUGGAUGCAUCUAUAAUGAACAACUAUAGACCUGUAUCAAAUCUCCCUUUUAUAGCCAAGAUCAUUGAGAAGGUUGUCUUCAAUCAACUCAGCAAUUUUGUGACCUCAUGCGGUCUUUUAGACAAAUUUCAGUCAGGUUUCCGACCUCACCACAGUACUGAAACGGCCCUGAUUAAAGUUUUAAAUGAUAUAUGGCUGAAUACUGAUUCUGAUAAAGUAACAGUUCUGGUUCUAUUAGAUCUCAGUGCAGCAUUUGACACUGUCGAUCAUGGAACACUUAUAGAUAGGCUGGAAAAGUGGGUAGGACUCUCCGGGACAGUCCUUGAUUGGUUCAGAUCUUAUCUAGAUGGCCGGAGUUACUUUGUCACCAUUGGUAAUCAUGAAUCUGAUAGGGUGGCUAUGACAUGCGGAGUUCCACAGGGAUCAGUUCUCGGACCGAUUCUGUUUAAUCUCUAUAUGCUACCUCUGGGCCAAAUUUUACAGAACAACAACAUUAACUACCACAGCUAUGCUGAUGAUACUCAAAUAUAGAUGGCUCUCGAACUGUAUGACAACAGCUCAAUAGACUC